GCGGGUCCCAGUGGGGGGCCCGUGGUGGGCCCAGUGCGGUCCCUCGGGAUGAAGAAGAAGAGGAGGAGGAAGAGGGGGAGCAAGUGGAGCCGACAGAUUUACACCACGAGGAAGAAGAUGAAGCCGACGCUCGCCGAUGGAGGAGGAGGAGGAGGAGAGACUCUGCAAGGAGCCUGUGCCGCUCUGAGCAUGGAGGAGUGCGACCACCAGCUGGCCGUGCGCCUGCAGCGCCGCUACUCGCUGGAGGUGCGCUGCCAAAUGGACCCCUGCCGACGACGCACCCGGGCGGAGAGAGCCGCAUCCCGUCCCGAGGCCACCGCCGAUUACAGCUGCACUACCAUAACCGGCUCUGCCAACGAAACCAGCACCAGCCGCACUGCCAAUACCACCACCGGCACAACCAUCACCGCCGACACGACCGCCGGCACGACCGCCGCCGCAACCACCGGCGACGGAAAUUCCGGCAGCACGACUACCGAUAGCAGCACCGCCGCCGGCAUCACCGGUACCGGCAACUGUACUGCCAAUGCGAGCGCUGAUGGUACCGGCAGUAGCACGAGCAGCACUGUUCGUGACGCCGGCUGGACUACCGGUUGCACCCAGCGCCCCGGCAACAGCGGCACCAGCAAUGCCAGCGCUGCCAAUGCCAGCUGCACUACCGGCACCACCACUCGUUAUCGCAACGCUACCAACGCCGGCACUGCCAGUAAAAGCAGAGAUAACAUCUCCGCUGCUGACACCAUCAGAGAUAACAUCUGCACUACCGACACCAUCAGAGAUAACAUCUGCACUACCGACACCAUCAGAGAUAACUUCUGCGCUACCGACACCAUCAGAGAUAACAUCUGCACUACCGACACCAUCAGAGAUAACAUCUGCACUACCGACACCAUCAGAGAUAACAUCUGCCCUGCCGAUACCAUCAGAGAUAACAUCCGCACUACCGACACCAUCAGAGAUAACAUCCGCACUACCGACACCAUCAGAGAUAACAUCUUCACUGCCGACACCAUCAGAGAUAACAUCUGCACUGCCGACACCAUCAGAGAUAACAUCUUCACUGCCGACACCAUCAGAGAUAACAUCUGCACUGCCGACACCAUCAGAGAUAACAUCCGCCCUGCCGAUACCAUCAGAGAUAACAUCUGCACUACCGACACCAUCAGAGAUAACAUCUGCACUGCCGACACCAUCAGAGAUAUCAUCUGCACUACUGAUACAAUCAGAGAUAUCAUCUGCACUACCGACACCAUCAGAGAUAACAUCUGCCCUGCCGAUACCAUCAGAGAUAACAUCUGCGCUACCGACACCAUCAGAGAUAACAUCUGCACUACCGAUACCACUGCUGAUGCCGGCAGUGGUAUCGGCUGCACUGCCAGCGCCGACACUAGCGCCACCACCACCGCCACCACCCUCACCACGACUCGCACGUAACUCAUGCACAACGUCACCAGCCACCGCCCACGCCAGCCGACCAGCCAGCCUCUCCCGAGACUGGCUAAGGGCAGCAGUAGCAGCAGCACCACUAUCAGCAAAUGACAACAGCACUCGCAUCAGUAGCAGCAUUGCUAGCAGUAGCGCUAGCAGCAGCAAGUAGCAGUAUUGCUAGUAGCAGU